AUGUUUAUGAUGGAGCGUGAUGAUUGCUUUAAAGAGAAUCAGCUUGAAGGAUUAUUGUUAGGCCGGCGAUCUCUUGGAGCUAAAAGACUGGUAGUUUCGAGCAAGGUGCUGCUUCCAGCAAUCCCGACACAGAACUGUGAUGUGGUUCUUACCUUCCCAGCGAACACGGAGGAUGCCACACUCAUGUGGUUGUUGGCACGGCUCAAGUCUAGGGCGCCGGCACUCACAGUACAUGUCAGACAUCACAGCCAUACAGGAAUAUAUGGAUUUUACCUAACAGCUGUCUACGAAAACCUUCUACAAGGAGCAGAAGAACUAGGCAUUUUGAAGCCGCUGAAGUCGGAGUAUGGAGGAGGGAUGAAAGAGUUUGUGUAUGAAGAUCAGGACUGUUUUGCUGGAGUUGAAGAUGAGGCUUCGUUUCUUACAAGCCAGGAGAGGCAGAGCAUUGUGCUUCAUUUCCUCCAUGAGCUUCGUGCGACUGGAGAUGAUUCACUGGAAGGAAUCUCAUUCAUUGAAGGGCAACCAAUAGUGCCGCUGUUGAAGAAACAUAAUUUACAUAUAUUUACUCAUUUCAGUGCCGCUGCUAAUAACAAAGAAGGUUGUAUCUCAAGUCUUUCCUUGCACAACCAUGAAGAUCUCAAACAUUUGCACCAGACUUGGGUUCGGGCAGUGUUUUCUCCACAACCUUUAGAUGAUGUUUGCCGUUACUUUGGUGUGAAAAUUGCGCUGUAUUUCGCUUACUUGGGUCAUUACACAGCGUGGCUAAUCCUGCCUGCUCUCUUGGGACUGGGCAUUUUCCUCCUUCAAGAACAUAGCCAGUGGUGUGAGGAUCUGUGUUAUGUUGGGUUUGCAGUGUUUAACACUGUUUGGGCCACACUGUAUUUGAAGUUUUGGAAGAGGAGUUCCACAGAAUUUUGCUACCGUUGGGGCACCCUGGAGCAGAAAGAUGACAUGCUGAAAGACCCAAGACCUCUUUUCAAUGGUGAUCUAGUCAAAAGUCCUAUAACAGGGCAGUUAGAGUUGUAUUAUCCUGCUUGGAAGCGUCUGCUGUUUCGUUACUUCAUCACAUUUCCAGUCAUUGCUGUUUGCCUUGCCUUUGUGUUUAUUGUCAUGCUCUUGUGCUUUGAACUUCAGGAAUGGGUGAAUGAGUUGAUAUGCAUAGAUGAACUUCCGUACGUGUUUAGUUUUGUGCCAAAAGUUCUGUUAGCUAUUGUUGUGUCCAUAUUUGAUGAAAUCUACAAGCAGAUUGCAAUCUGGUUGACUCAUAAAGAAAAUUACAGGCUUCAAGAAUCUCAUGAAACAAGCCUCGUCAUUAAACUAGUUCUGUUUCAGUUUGUGAAUUCAUUUCUAUCCUUGUUCUAUAUUGGCUUCUAUCUGCACGAUAUGGAUCGACUUCGAGAUCAACUGGCAGCCCUACUUAUAACCCGUCAAGUGGUGGGUAACAUAAAGGAGGCUCUCUUACCGUAUGUUAUCUGGAAGGCCCGGCUGUACAGUGUGGGCUUACGCAUCGCUACACGUAUGUCACCGGCUUCUGUAGAGAAAGAGGUCAGGAGAAUGACAGCCAGGUCUUCACAUGGACCUAAGGUAGUUAAGGAUUCCAAAGUGAGCAGUAAAGAUAUGCCAGCUGGCAACUCAGGGAAAAACUCUGAUAGCGAAGGCAGUCCCGUAACUGAAGAGGAUGAGGAAAGACUACCAACUUUAACGCAGGCCGAGGUUGAAAGUGCAAUGAAAACGUACGAAGACACCUUGGACGACUAUCUGGAAAUGUGUAUACAGUUUGGCUACAUCACCUUGUUCUCCUCCGCCUUUCCCCUGGCAGCUUUGUGUGCCUUGCUGAACAACAUCAUCGAAAUCCGCUCGGAUGCCUUUAAACUGUGCCACACUUUCCAGAGACCCUUUGGUCAGCGAGUCGCCAGCAUUGGUAUUUGGCAGAAUGUGUUGCUGGUGAUGAGUGUUGUGGCGGUGAUUAUCAACUGUGCUCUAGUGAUAACAUCAGGUCUGCUGGAGCGUGUGUGGCCGGGGCUCAGCUCCAUUGCCUACUGUCUCAUCGUGGUUAGCAUCGAGCAUCUGAUGAUUACCUGCAAAUUUGCUCUGUACUGCUCAAUCCCCGAUAUGCCGCCUGCAGUCGCCACAGAGAUAGCUCGGCUUGAAUACCAACGCAAUGAGGCCAUCAAGCAACUGGUGUCCCAGAUGACUCCCAACCCUUCUGGAGGAAACACAUACUUAAAUUUUCCUGGCAGUCCCAUCGUGCGCAGGAGGAAAUUAGAGAACACACUGUCGGAGCUGAGCAUGAAAGAGUCAGCUCCAAACAACUCCACUCCAAGCAGUGGCAGUGAAAUGCCCCACUUUCCAACAGUGAUCACAUCCAGCAGUGCUGCAAUGAGGCCUUCUGAUAUCUGCUUGGAGACAAGACAAGCAAAGCCAGCAGUUCCUCCACGUUGUGUUUUACAGAAAUCAGAGCAUGUUCGGCCCCACUUAUCAUCUGCUCACACUGAUGAGGCAGACAAUGUUGCAGCAACUGCAGACUCUACUCUUAGCAGCCGUGAUGUCAAAAAUCCUCUUCCGUUGCCAAACUCUUCUGCUACAGUUGCAACAUUAACUUCCCUCAACAUGGCAUCAUGGCCAGGUGAAGUCAAGGAAGGUGAUACGAUGCUUCGAAAGGGUAUUCAACAUAGAUCUGAUCCUGAAGCAUGGAGGAGAAGAUCUGAACCCGUUGCCUCAGCAGUCACUGAGGCUGUCAGUCUCUAUCGAGACAAGCCUGUAGAUCCUGGGCUAAAGAAGAAAAGUAUUUAUGAAAACAAAGAGGAUUUAAGAGACAGCUUGAAAGAGGAGUUUAAGAAGAGUAGAGAUAGGUUAUACCUUCGGCAAGAAAUCAUCAGAAGCAGAGAUCGACUGAAUAUUUUGGGGAAAAGAGGUGAUCUUCACCCACAGGGUAAGGAUGAACAAAUUGUGCGCUCUUCAUCCACUCCUAGGAUUUCAGCUACACUUGCAAUGCUUCCUCCACCAGCUCCAAACACAUCAACAGCAGCAGCAGCAGCAGCAGCAGCAUCAGCUACAAUAACAGCUAAAUAUUCGGCAUCCCCUCGCUUCAUUAGAGGACUUAUUGAUAGUUCCAAAGCCUUGUCCAGAAAGUCCAGGUCCUUGUCGAGUGCUGAUGUUAGUGACAUCAGACAAGCAUUUAAAGACAGGUUUUCCUGGAGAGGUGAGCCAUCGCUUGCUAGAUCUGGUCAAAAGAAACUUUUGGUUGGACUUAAAAAGGAGGCCAAACAAAGUGUUGAUUCUAGGGAAGGUGAAAGAAGCACAAUCCUGAAAACUGAUAAGGAAAUUAGGCAGACUGGGGACGUGACAGAAGAAGAUCAUGAACAAAUACUGCAACAGACAGACACUUCUCUGAGCUCUGUAAAUAACUUGAAUUCUGGCUCAAGCUGCCUAAAAGAUGUAGAUCUUUCUCAGUCAGAGAGUCAACCGGAUGCCAGCACAAAUCUGAUAAAGUCUGCGAAUGAGCUUAAAACUAGCAGUGUGUACCGAGCUGUGCGGGAGAGUGCCAGCAAGCCUCUCUUACUUCCACAGAAUCUUGACCUCAAGAAAACAACAUAA